AACAAAACGCCCAGAAAAUCUUUUGCCAAAACACAGAUUCGGGCAGAUCUCCCGAAUCUUAUAGAAACCCAAAAGGUUUCAUAUGCUGCCUUUUUACAGCGAGAUGUCGCACCCAAUGAACGUAUAGAUACAGGCCUCCAAUCAGUAUUCAAAGAAGUGUUUCCGAUCCGAGAUUUUUCGGAGGUCAAUAGCCUUGAAUUUGUCAGUUACACCCUCGGUACACCCAAAUAUACAUUACAAGAGUGCGUUGCGCGCGGUGUGACGUAUCAGGUAUCCCUCACAGCGCGUAUCAUGCUCGUCCUACGUGAAGCGGAUCCGGAUGCGGAUGAACCACACGUCGUAGAUAUCCGAGAAUCCGAUGUUUAUCUCGGCGAAGUUCCAUUAAUGACUGAAAAUGGCAGCUUCAUUGUCAAUGGCAGUGAACGUGUGAUAGUGAGUCAGCUGCACCGUUCGCCGGGUGUCAUUUUUCUUGAGAAAUCAUUGCCAACCGGAAGACGGACACCGACUGCCCAAAUUAUUCCGUAUCGAGGGGCGUGGGUUGAAUUUGAAAUAGACACGAAGGAUCAGAUUUAUGUCCGCAUCGACAAACGGAGAAAGCUACCUGCUACAGUGCUACUUCGUGCCCUCGGUUGGGAGUCAGACGCGGAUAUCCUGAAACUCUACGCCAAGACGGAACGACUUGUGCUUGAUGGGUGGAAGGUUACGCAUGUAGAGGGACCCGCAAUACAGGUUAAAACGGGUGACUUAUUAGACGCUGCAGAAUUUCGGCAGGCGAGCAAGGACUAUCCGGAUCUUGAGACUGAGAAGUACUAUCGCGUUACUCUGGUACCAGAUGAGGGCUGCCCAUUAGAGAUAGGACAACAGAUUUCGGAGAGAGAGCGUACAAGCUUCCGCAGAAAAUGGAAGGGCUUUGAAACCGAACUGCUCCGCCGCGUUGUUGAUACCCACGACAGUGGGUGUGAGUUGACACUUGGCCAGGUGCUAACGAAUUCGGAAUAUGAAAAGGCGCGCGACCGCUACGGGAAAAAGGCUUUCACGGCUGAACAGAUUCUGCCCGAAGAUGGUCAAGAUAGAGUCUGUGCUGAAGACGUUAUUCAUCAAGAGACCGGCGAAGUGCUCCUCACGGCGAAUACACUCCUCACCGAAACUGAGUUGGAGCGUCUCAAAGAAUCUGGUGUUGAAGCACUCAUUGUCCUGGAUACGGAAGAUUGCCAACACAUCCGGUUUUUACGUAAUACACUGGAACGCGACCGACAGGCAGACUAUGACAAUCAGUAUACUUUAAAGGACGCAUCACUACUUACGAUUUUCCGCACGUUGAGGCCCGGGGAUACUACCAAUAUAGAGAAUGCGCGUAAACACCUCUCAUGGCUGCUUUUUGAUUCACACCGGUACGAUUUGGGCGUAGUUGGGAGAUACAAGCUUAAUCGAAAAUUUCAUCAGACGACCUGUUUAUGGAGCACCUCCUGA